UGGACCACGAGGGGUUGCCGUGUACAAUAUUUUUUUCAUAUAAGAUUGGCGAAAGCGCGCACAAACAGACGAGUGUAUAUAUGUAUGUGUAUCAACUUUCUAAGGCAUUUUGUUUGUUAGAUACUACUCAUUCAAUGGCCAACCAUCACCAAUACGAACCGGAAAAUGCCCCAAAACAACCGGAAGUCAUGGUAGUGAUGGUGCCGCUUACGGCGCAAGGGCAUCUCAACGAGCUCCUCCAUUUCUCCCGCCUCAUCUGCGCCUACAACAUCCCAGUCCAUUACCUUAGCUAUGCCGUCCACAUCCGCCAGGCCAAGCUCCGCGUCCAUGGCUGGGACCCCGCCGCCGUCCCUAACCUCCACUUCCACGAAUGCGCCGCCCCCUCUUUCCCGUCUCCGCCGCCCAACCCCAACGCCCCCACCAAUUUUCCCGGCCACCUGCAGCCCCUCUUUGACUCCUUGUCGGACCUCCGCGAGCCCGUUACCUCGCUGCUACGCUCGCUCUCUGCCGCUGCCCGGAGAAUCGUAGUCGUCUAUGAUUCUCUGAUCGCUUCUGUGGUUCAGGACGUCGAGUCGAUUCCGAACGCGGAGUGCUAUGAGUUCAUUAGCAUUUCGGCUUUUUUUAACUUUUUCUACUUCUGGGAAUUGAUGGGAAAGCCGAUGGCCGUUGAAGCUGAAGUUCUGGAGGGGUUGCCCACCCUGGAGGACUGCUUAACGCCGGAGUUCACGGAGUUUAUGACCAAGCAACUGGAUUUCGGGAAGUUCAGAGCCGGCUAUCUGCUCAACACUUGCAAAGCAAUUGAAGGUCGAUACAUCGAUUUACUUGCGAAACCAGAGAUCUUAAACACCGAUAAGCUGUGGGCUAUCGGACCAUUCCAUCCAUUGACAUUAAACAAAGAUCACAACCACUUUAAACCCCGCCAUGAAUGCCUGGAAUGGCUCGACAAACAAGCUCCCAACUCUGUGAUCUACGUUUCUUUCGGGACGACGACUUCCCUGUCUGACGAACAAAUCAAGGAACUGGCGGAUGGAUUGGAGCGAAGCCACCAAAAGUUCAUAUGGGUAUUGAGGGACGCAGAUAGGGGAGAUAUUUUCGCCGGAGAAGGAGAGACGACGGCCAGAAAAGAGAAGCUGGCGGCGGAAACGUUCCAAGGGAGGGGAAUGGUGGUGGCGGACUGGGCGCCGCAGCUGGAGGUUUUGGCCCACCGGUCGACGGGCGGGUUCUUGACUCAUUGCGGGUGGAAUUCGUGUAUGGAGAGCAUUUCCAUGGGGGUUCCGAUGGCGGCGUGGCCCAUGCAUUCCGACCAGCCCAGGAAUGCCCACCUGGUGGCGAAGGUGCUCGGAGUUGGUCUGGUUGUCAGAGAUUGGGAACGCCGGAAGGAGGUGGUUGGAGCGUCGGAGGUUGAAGAUGUGGUGAGAAGAUUGAUGGAUUCGGAUGAAGGAGAGCGGAUGAGGAAGAGAGCGGGGGAAUUGGGGUCCGCCGUGCGGCAGGAGGCGGCUGAAGGUGGGGUUUCAUGCAGGGAGCUGGAUUCUUUUGUUGUUCACAUCUCUAGAUUCUAGUAAGUAGAUUUUGGGUGUUUAAAAUAAAUAAUGAUAUCAACUCAUCAAACACCACUCACUCACUCAGCAUGCCACUUUAUGCAGUGGCUAGUCAAGGGUUUGAAAAGAGUGAAGGUGGCUUGAGAAUUAAUUAUUCAUUCCUUUGGAAGUUGCAUUUUCAUAUUUUCAGCUUUAUGUGUUUAAUUUCUCAUUUAAGUUUUCUCUUGAAGUGUAUUGUUAUUAGCUUAUAAAUACCAUGUAUCAGAAGCGGCGAGGGCAAUUCCUUCCAAUAUUCGAUCCUUUAAUAAUAAAUUUGAGAAUAAAAGUUAUGUAUUUCUCUCUUUA